CACCUGUCUCCUUCAAACUCUCAUUCUCAUCCAACACUGCAGAUCAUCUCCAACCCCUCGUCCUGCUCCUGUGACAGAGAGAGAGAGACGCCAACAUGAUCCUGCUCCUCCUUCUGUUCGCCCUGACCCUGGGUGCUGUGUCUCCUUCAGAUGGACCUGAGGUCAAGCUGCAUUGUGGAAACUGUCCCAUGUUCUGGUCCAGCUUCAACAGCCGCUGCUACAAGUACGUGGCCACACAGAUGACCUGGGCUAAUGCAGAGCGCAACUGUGUGUCCCAGGGAGCCAACCUGGUGUCUAUCCACAGUCUGGAUGAAGAGAAUUUCGUCAAAACCCUGAUCAAGAAAUUUGAUCCUGCUCGAGGAUGGACCUGGAAUGGACUCAGCGACGUCCACAAAGAAGGCAGCUGGAUGUGGUCAGAUGGUUGUCCGGCUAGAUUUGUCUUUUGGUCCACAGGAGAGCCAAACAACUCUGCAGGACAUGAAGACUGUGUUGAAAAUAACAUUCACGGAGAUAAGAAAUGGAAUGAUCGAACUUGUAGCGACCGUCUUCCCUCUGUUUGUGCAUCUCGCAUAAUGUGUCCUUAGUGAUUGUAAAGUCUGAUUUAACCUGGUCACUGAUCACCAGAUGCUUGUUGAUUUGAAAUAGUCCUCAGCAGUAAAGAUACAAAUGCAAACUC